GACGUGGACGUGGACCGUGGACGUGGUCGUGGACGUGGACGUGGACGUGGACGUGGACGUGGACGGGACAUGGACGUGGUCGUGGACGUGGACGUGGACGGGACGUGGACGUGGACGGGACGUGGACAUGGACAUCAACGUGGACGUGGACGGUGGACGUGGACGUGGACGUGGUUGGACGUGGACGUUGUCGGGACGUGGUCGUGGACGUGGUCGUGGACAUGGACGUGGACGUGGACGUGGACAUGGACGUGGACGUGACGUGGACUUGGACGUGGGACGUGGACGUGGACAUGACGUGGACGUGGACAUGGACGUGGACAUGGACUUGGACGUGGACGUGGACUUGGACGUGGACUUGGACGUGGACGUGGACGUGGACAUGGACGUAGACGUGGAUGUUGACGUGGUGGACGUGGACGUGGACGUGGUCGUGGACGUGGACGUGGUCGUGGACGUGGACGUGGACGUGGUGGACGUGGACGUGGUCGUGGACGUGGACGUGGUGGUGGACGUGGACGUGGACGUGGACGUGGAUGUGGACGUGGACGUGGACGUGGUCGUGGACGUGGACGUGGAGGACUUGGACGUGGACAUGGACGUGGACGUGGACGUGGACGUGGACGUGGACGAGGACAUGGACGUGGUCGUGGACGUGGACGUGGACGUGGACGUGGACGUGGACAUGGACGUGGUCGUGGACGUGGACGUGGACAUAGACGUGGACGUGGACGUGGUCGUGGACGUGGACGUUGACGUCGACGUGGACGUGGUUGUGGACGUGGAGGACUUGGAUGUGGACAUGGACGUGGACGUUGACGUGGAUUUGGACGUGGACGUGGACAUGGUCGUGGACGUGGACGUGAACGUGGACGUGGACAUAGACGUGGACGUGGACGUGGACGUGGACAUGGACAUGGACAUGGACGUGGACGUGGACGUGGACGUAAACAUGGACGUGGACGUGGACGUGGACGUGGACGUGGACGUGGACAUGGACGUGGACAUGGACGUGGACGUGGACGUGGACGUGGAUGACGUGGACGUGGACGUGACGUGGACGUGGACGUGGACGUGGACGUGGACAUGGACGUGGACGUGGACGUGGACGUGGACGUGGACGUGGACGUGGACGUGGACAUGGACGUGGACGUGGACGUGGACGUGGACAUGGACGUGGACGUGGCCGUGGACGUGGACGUGGACGUGGACGUGGUCGUGGACGUGGACGUGGACGUGGUCGUGGACGUGGACGUGGUCGUGGACGUGGACGUGGACGUGGUCGUGGACGUGGACGUGGACGUGGACGUGGACGUGGACGUGGACGUGGUCGUGGACGUGGACGUGGACGUGGUCGUGGACGUGGUCGUGGACGUGGUCGUGGACAUGGACGUGGACGUGGACGUGGACAUGGACGUGGACGUGGACGGGACGUGGACGUGGAGUGGACGUGGACGUGGACACGUGGACGUUGACGUGGUGGGCGUGGACGUGGACGUGGACGUGGACGUGGACAUGGUCGUGGACGUGGACGUGGACGUGGACGUGGACAUGGUCGUGGACGUGGACGUGGACGUGGACGUGGACAUGGUCCGUGGACUUGGACGUGGUCGUGGUCGUGGACGUGGACGUGUACGUGGACGUGGACGUGGACGUGGACGUACACGUGGACAUGGACAUCAACGUGGACGUGGACGUGGACGUGGACGGGGAUGCUCGUGGACGUGGACGUGGACGUGGACGUGGACGUGGACACAUGGACGUGGACGUGGACGUGGACGUGGAUAUGGACGUGGACGUGGACGUGGACGUGGACGUGGACAUGGACGUGGACGUGGACGUGGACGUGGACGUGGUCGUGGACUUGGACGUGGACGUGGUUGUGGACGUGGACUUGGACGUGGACGUGGUUGUGGACGUGGACGUGGACGUGGUCGUGGACGUGGACGUGGUCGUGGACGUGGUCGUGGACGAAGUCGUGGACAUGGACGUGGACGUGGACGUGGACAUGGUCGUGGACGUGGACGUGGACGUGGACGUGGACGUGGACAUGGACGUGGACGUGGACGUGGACAUGGACGUGGACAUGGACGUGGACAUAGAGGUGGACGUGGACGUGGACAUGGACGUGGACAUAGAGGUGGACGUGGACGUGAACAUGGACGUGGACAUGGACGUGGACGUGGACGUGGACGUGGACAUGGACUUGGACAUGGACGUGGACAUGGACUUGGACAUGGACGUGGACAUGGACGUGGACAUGGACAUGGACGUGGACGUGGACGUGGACGUGGACGUGGACGUGGACGUGUACGUGGACAUGGACGUGGACGUGGACGUGGACAUGGACGUGGACGUUGACGUGGACGUGGACGUGGACGUGGACGUGGACGUGGACGUGGACGUGGACAUGGACGUGGACGUGGACGUGGACGUGGACGUGGACGUGGACAUGGACGUGGACGUGGACGUGGACGUGGACGUGGACGUGGACGUGGACAUGGACGUUGACGGGGACGUGGAGGUGGACGUGGACGUGGAUGGGGACGUGGACGUGGACGUGGUCGUGGACAUGGACGUGGAUAUGGACGUGGAGGACUUGGACGUGGACCUGGACGUGGACGUUGAUUUGGACAUGGACGUGGACGUGGAUGUGGACGUGGACGUGGACAUGGACAUGGACGACUUGGACGUGGACAUGGACGUGGACGUGGACGUGGACAUGGACGUGGACGUGGAUGUGGACGUGGACGUGGACGUGGACGUGGACAUGGACGUGGACGUGGACAUGGACGUGGACAUGGACGUGGACGUGGACGUGGACGUGGACAUGGACGUGGACAUGGACGUGGACGUGGACAUGGACGUGGACAUGGACGUGGACGUGGACGUGGACGUGGACAUGGACGUGGACGUGGACGUGGACGUGGACGAGGACAUGGACGUGGACAUGGACGUGGACAUGGACGUGGACGUGGACAUGGACGUUGACGUGGACUUGGACAUGGACGUGGUCGUGGACGUGGACGUGGUCGUGGACAUGGACGUGGACGUGGACGUGGACGUGGACGUGGACGUAGACGUAGACAUGGACGUGGACGUGGACGUGGACGUAGACAUGGACGUGGAUGUGGACGUGGACGUGGACAUGGACGUGGACGUGGACGUGGACGUGCACAGGGACGUGGACGUGGACGUGAACAUGGACGCGGACGUGGACGUGGACAUGGACGUGGACGUGGACGUGAACGUGGGCGUGGACGUGGACGUGGACGUAGAUGUGGACGUGGACAAAGACGUGUACGUGGACAUGGACAUGGACAUGGACGUGGACGUGGACAUGGACGUGGACAUGGACGUGGACGUGAACGUGGACGUGGACGUGGACGUGGAGGACUUGGACGUGGACAUGGACGUGGACGUGGACGUGGACGUGGACGUGGACAUGGACGUGGAUGUGGACGUGGACAUGGACGUGGACGUUGACAUGGACGUGGAUGUGGAUGUGGUCGUGGACGUGGACGUAGACGUGGACUUGGACGUGGAUGUGGACUUGGACGUGGACGUGGACGUGGUCGUGGUCGUAGAUGUGGACGUUGACGUGGUGGACGUGGACGUUGAGGUGGACGUGGACGUGGACGUGGACAUUGAUGUGGUGGACGUGGACGUGGACGAGGACUUGGACGUGGACUUGGACGUGGACGUGGACGUGGACAUGGACGUAGACGUGGAUGUUGACGUGGUGGACGUGGACGUGGACGUGGUCGUGGACGUGGUCGUGGACGUGGACGUGGACGUGGUGGACGUGGACGUGGUCGUGGUCGUGGACGUGGACGUGGACGUGGUGGUGGACGUGGACGUGGACGUGGACGUGGAUGUGGACGUGGACGUGGACGUGGUCGUGGACGUGGACAUGGACGUGGUCGUGGACGUGGACGUGGACAUGGACGUGGACGUGGACGUGGACGUGGACGUGGUCGUGGACGUGGACGUUGACGUGGACGUGGACGUGAUUGUGGACGUGGAGGACUUGGACGUGGACAUGGACGUGGACGUUGACGUGGACGUGGACGUGGACGUGGACAUGGUCGGACGUGGACAUGGACGUGGACGUGGACAUGGACGUGGACGUGGACGUGGACGUGGACGUGGACGUGGACGUGGACGUGGACAUGGACGUGGACGUGGACGUGGACAUGGACGUGGACGUGGACGUAGACAUGGACGUGGACAUGGACGUGGACGUGGACGUGGACGUGGACGUGGACGUGGACGUGGACGUGGACGUGGACGUGCACAUGGACGUGGACGUGGACGUGGUCGUGGACGUGAACGUAGACGUGGUCGUGGACGUGGACGUGGACCGUGGUCGUGGACGUGGACGUGGACGUGGUCGUGGACGUGGACGUGGACGUGGACCGUGGACAUGGACGUGGACGUGGACGUGGACGUGGACGUGGACAUGGACGUGGACAUGGACGUGGACGUGGUCGUGGACGUGGACGUGGACGUGGACGUGGUCGUGGACGUGGACGUGGACGUGGUCGUGGACGUGGACGUGGACGUGGUCGUGGACGUGGUCGUGGACCUGGUCGUGGACAUGGACGUGGACGUGGACAUGGACGUGGACGUGGACGUGGACGUGGACGUGGACGUGGACGUGGACGUGGACGUGGACAUGGACGUGGACGUGGACGUGGACGUGGACGUGGACUUGGACGUGGACGUGGACUUGUACGUGGACUUGGACGUGGACGUGGACGUGGACACGGACGUAGACGUGGACGUUGACGUGGUGGACGUGGACGUGGACAUGGACGUGGACAUGGACGUGGACGUGGACGUGGACGUGGACAUGGAUGUAGACGUGGACGUGGACGUGGACGUGGACGCUGACGUGGACGUGGACAUGGUCGUGGACGUGGUCGUGGACGUGGACGUGGUCGUGGACGUGGACGUGGACGUGGUCGUGGACGUGGACGUGGACCUGGACGUGGACGUGGACGUGGACAUGGUCGUGGACGUGGACGUGGACGUGGUCAUGGACGUGGUCAUGGACGUGGAUGUGGACGUGGACGUGGACGUGGACGUGGACGUGGACGUGGACGUGGACGUGGACGUGGACAUGGACGUGGACGUGGACGUGGACGUGGACGUGGACAUGGACGUGGACGUGGACGUGGACGUGGACGUGGACGUGGACAUGGUCGUGGACGUGGACGUGGACGUGGACGUGGACGUGGACGUGGACGUGGACGUGGUCGUGGACGUGGACGUGGACGUGGACAUGGACGUGGACGUGGACGUGGACGUAGACGUGGACGUGGACAUGGACGUGGACGUGGACGUGGACGUGGACCUGGACGUGGACGUGGACAUGGACGUGGACGUGGACGUGGACAUGGACAUGGACGUGGACGUGGACGUGGACGUAGACAUGGACGUGGACGUGGACAUGGACGUGGACGUGGACGUGGACAUGGACAUGGACGUGGACGUGGACGUGGACGUGGACGUGGACGUGGACGUGGACGUGGACAUGGACGUGGACAUGGACGUGGACAUGGACGUGGACAUGGACGUGGACAUGGACGUGGACGUGGACAGGGACGUGGACAUGGACGUGGACGUGGACAUGGACGUGGACGUGGACGUGGACGUGGACGUGGACGUGGACGUGGACGUGGACAUGGACGUGGACGUGGACGUGGACAUGGACGUGGACGUGGACGUAGACAUGGACGUGGACAUGGACGUGGACGUGGACGUGGACGUGGACGUGGACGUGGACGUGGUCGUGGACGUGAACGUAGACGUGGUCGUGGACGUGGACGUGGACGUGGUCGUGGACGUGGACGUGGACGUGGUCGUGGACGUGGACGUGGACGUGGUCGUGGACGUGGACGUGGACGUGGACGUGGACGUGGACGUGGACGUGGACAUGGACGUGGACGUGGUCGUGGACGUGGACGUGGUCGUGGACGUGGACGUGGACGUGGUCGUGGACGUGGACGUGGACGUGGUCGUGGACGUGGUCGUGGACGUGGUCGUGGACGUGGACGUGGACGUGGACGUGGACGUGGACGUGGACGUGGACGUGGACGUCGACGUCGACUUGGACGUGGACGUGGACGUGGACAUGGACGUGGACGUGGACGUGGACGUGGACGUGGACGUGGACGUGGACGUGGACUUGGACGUGGACGUGGACUUGGACGUGGACUUGGACGUGGACGUGGACGUGGACACGGACGUAGACGUGGACGUUGACGUGGUGGACGUGGACGUGGACAUGGACGUGGACAUGGACGUGGACGUGGACGUGGACGUGGACAUGGAUGUAGACGUGGACGUGGACGUGGACGCUGACGUGGACGUGGACCUGGUCGUGGACCGUGGUCGUACGUGGACGUGGACGUGGACGUGGUCGUGGACGUGGACGUGGACGUGGACGUGGUCGUGGACGUGGACGUGGACGUGGACGUGGACGUGGUCGUGGACGUGGACGUGGAUGUGGACGUGGACGUGGACGUGGACGUGGACGUGGACGUGGACGUGGACGUGGACGUGGACGUGGACGUGGACGUGGACGUGGACGUGGACGUGGACGUGGACAUGGACGUGGACGUGGACGUGGACGUGGACGUGGACGUGGACAUGGUCGUGGACGUGGACGUGGACGUGGACGUGGACGUGGACGUGGACGUGGACGUGGUCGUGGACGUGGACGUGGACGUGGACGUGGACAUGCACAUGGACGUGGACGUAG